AUGAUUACUACUACUACAUGUAUGACUACUACUACUACAUGUAUGACUACUACCACUGCUACUACUACAUGUAUGAUUACUACUACUACAUGUAUGACUACUACUACUACAUGUAUGACUACCACCACAUGUAUGAUUACUACUACUACAUGUAUGACUACUACCACUACUACUACAUGUAUGAUUACUACUACUACUACAUGUAUGACUACUACUACUACAUGUAUGACUACUACCACUAGUACUACUACGUGUAUGAUUACUACUACUACAUGUAUGACUACUACUACUACAUGUAUGACUACUACCACUACUACAUGUAUGAUUACUACUACUACAUGUAUGAUUACUACUACUACAUGUAUGACUACUACCACUACUACUACUACAUGUAUGACUACUACUACUACAUGUAUGACUACUACUACUACAUGUAUGACUACUACCACUACUACUACUACUACAUGCAUGAUUACUACUACUACAUGUAUGAUUACUACUACUACUACAUGUAUGAUUACUACUACUACAUGUAUGACUACUACCACUACUACUACUACAUGUAUGACUACUACUACUACUACAUGUAUGAUUACUACUACUACAUGUAUGACUACUACCACUACUACUACUACAUGUGUGAUUACUACUACUACUACAUGUAUGAUUAUGACCACUACCUGUAUGACUACUACUACUACAUGUAUGAUUACUACUACUACAUGUAUGACUACUACCACUACUACUACUACAUGUAUGACUACUACCACUACUACUACUACUACAUGUGUGAUUACUACUACUACAUGUAUGAUUACUACCACUACAUGUAUGAUUACUACCACUACAUGUAUGACUACUACUACUACAUGUAUGAUUACUACUACUACAUGUAUGAUUACUACUACUGCAUGUAUGACUACUACCACUACUACUACUACAUAUGUGUCAAACCUGGUGGCCAACUACAAGAACGGUCUGACCUCUGUGAUUGCCAACAAAGGUUUUGCCACUAAGUACUAA